AAGAGUACAGGGAUGCUAUAUCACAAACACCACUGAUACCAGACAUGAAUACUAUUAGUACCGUAACCAGUAAAGUCGUGAGACCCGUCGUCAAAUACACACAGGAGACAUUAACACGGGGUCUACAGUCAAUGGCGCAUCACAAUGGCCAUAUACCGUCCGCCACAGGGACCCCACCACCCUCUGCUGGCAUGUUGAGGGCGUGGCAAACGUUACAGGAGGAUAGCUGGGUCACCACCCAACGUCAUUUGAGACCCCAACCCACGGAAACAUUCAAUACGAUGUCGGCGGAGAGAAGUAUACUAGGAUCACGGAAUCUCGGCCUUUUCGAGAAAAGUUCUAAUUCUGAGGAUUUGCAAUCCAGUGUUCGAACAUUGCUGAAAGGAUUCAAAUUUGAUUGAAGGUGCUGUGGUAUCCUCCCCAGAAUUCCUCAGUAAUCUUCCUAGGAUUCCAUAAUGAUCUUCCGGAGAUUUCGGAAUAAUCUUUCCAGGAUUCCACAUUGGUUUCCCAGGGAUGUCGCGAUGAUUUUUACAGGAUUCCUCAUUGAUAUUAAAGGGAUUCCAAAAUGACCUUCCUAGGAUUCCACAAUUGUGGGAUCAAACUGGAAUCCCUCAUUGAUCUUCCGUGAAUUUCCCAGGAUUCCCUAGUGCAAGCACUUGGACUCUGAAAUAAUACAAUAUAUGAGGAUUGACAGUGUUAUUGUUAAGAUAUCAAUGAUUCUUUGAAUUCAAUGAGUUCUUGUUUAGGAUGUAUAAACUUGAUUUAUAUUUGGUAUGAAUGAAAAGAAUUCUUUAGUGUUGAGAGUAAUUUAUUUCAAGCUGUGUAUUGCAUGAUUGAUGUUGAUAUGUGUGGUUAUUUUUGUAUCCGUAGUGGAUAGAUUGUAUUUAUAUAUGAUAAUUGCUAUUAUUACAUUAUACCCAACCGAUAACUUUAUAAUGUAGAUGUAUAGAAAGUUGUAUUAACAGGAAAUAACUUGAAAUGGAAUCGGAAACUUUAAUUUCAUAUACGGAUCAGUAGAUUCCCAAGGUUGUGAUGGUUACGUCAGGUCGUUAUGGAGAUAGGAGUUAACAACAUGGCGGUUGUGAUGGUUACGCCAGGUCGUUAUGGAGAUAGGAGUUAACAACAUGGCGGUUGUGAUGGUUACGCCAGGUCGUUAUGGAGAUAGGAGUUAACAACAUUGCGGUUGUGGCAUUGUGUUAUGUUUGGUUUGUUAAUAGAAACGAAAGUGACUUCAAAUAAAAUUGUAAAUGAAAUGUGAUAAAUACAA